AUGCACACUAGUGCUUGCAAGCUAAAGUCGUAUAAUGAGUGCCCAUGGUCUCCAAUUUGUUGUCUUCCUUGGAUAAAUGCACUCUCUGAAGCCACGAAAAACGCUUCUAAGAAAACCACCUGCCUUGCUCUCUUUCUUCUUGUAAACAUUCUUUUUUUCUCUCUUGCGAGUGCAUCGCCUAAAGCGACGCCAAUGCCUAUGCCGACGCCAACGCCAACCCCGAGCCUCAGCUCCCAAGACAAGUGUUCUAUUGAUACUCUCAAAUUAGGUGUUUGUGCUAAUGUUCUUGGCAAUUUACUUGGAUUUAAAAUUGGAAAUUCAUCAAAUAAACCUUGUUGUUCUCUCAUUCAAGGACUUGUUGAUCUUGAUGCCGCUCUUUGUUUAUGCAUUGCCAUUAACGCAAAUGUUCUUGGAAUCAACCUUAAUGUCCCUAUUUCUCUAAGCCUUCUUCUCAAUGCUUGUGAUGAAAAAGUUCCAUCUGGCUUCCAGUGUCCUAAUUGAACAACCUAGCUAUGCAUUUCUCAUGUAAGGAUAAUAUAUUCCAGUGUGUGGUAAUUAACUCUUUGUUGUUAUGGUUAUGUAAUAAGUGGAAUUGAUCGAGUAUCUUGAAAUAAGUUCCUCUUUGAAUCUCAUAAGCUUGAUUUUGUACUUUACCAUAUAGAAGUCUAUUUGUCGUAAGGUUGUCAUUUUUCUUUUA